AAUGGAAAUGAAAGUGUGAAGAAGUGAAAACAGCGAAGAAAAGAAAUGCGCUUGCCCUAGUUUACGUGGAAAACAGAAUAAGACGGAGAUGAAACAGUAUCCGUAUAAAACGACCGUGACGAAAAAAGAACAUGCUUCAAUAAAGAGCUUUUAACAUCUGAAGAACGUUCUCCAACAGUUUACCUUACUUACUUAUAAUUAGUGGCCUUUACUUGAAUGAAUUGCAUGAAUGCUUCUUUGUGCAAAAAUGGUUUCAAGAGGUGGUUUUUCAGUGUUGGUUUGCAUGGACAGUCAAAAAGAAAUGAGCUCGGCGGGUUCAAGUCGCACGCAUAAAGACGUAACCUGCGCUUCGCUCUAUGCACAGGGCAGAGAAAGCGGCUCUAGCAUCCCGUGGGAAGCAGAGCGCAGGGUUAAAGGUACAGUGAAGUACGUCAGAGGGGCCGUCCUUCCUCCUCCUCCUCCUCCUCCCUCUCGCUGCCCGCUGCACAAUGCUCUUCCUGCAGCUCUUUCUAUUCCUCUUUCUCCCUCGCUUCCUUCCCCCGAGCCCCCGGCCGCUCUCCGGAGCCCCGAGCCAUGCAGAGCGCCCCGCCGCCUGCUCUGCCCACCUUCAGCCCGGCCGUGCCUCCCUUCGUCAAGCUGGGGCUGACCGUGGCCUACACCGUCUUCUACUCGCUGCUCUUCGCCUUCGUGUACGUGCAGCUCUGGCUGGUGCUGCGGUACGGACACAAGCGCUUCAGCUACCAGACCGUGUUUCUGUUCCUGUGCCUGCUGUGGGCGGCUCUGAGGGCGCUGCUCUUCUCCUUUUACUUCAGGGACUGCGUGACGGCCAACGCGCUCGGACCCGCCGCUUUCUGGCUGCUCUACUGCUUCCCGGUGUGCCUGCAGUUCUUCACGCUCAGCCUCAUGAACCUGUACUUCGCCCAGGCGAGUUUGACACCUUUGCACCUCGCGGAGACGGUCAUUUUCAAGGCAAAGUCUAAAUAUUCACCAGAGCUUCAGAAAUACAGGCUGCAGCUCUACCUGUUCUUCCUGGUGAUCAGCAUCAUCUUCCUGCUGGUGAACCUGACCUGUGCUCUGCUGGUGAAGAUGACGAAGGCCGACACGGAGACGGUGGUUCUGGUUCGGGUGGCCAUCAACGACACGCUCUUCGUCCUCUGCGCCGUCUCUCUCUCGCUCUGCCUCUACAAGAUCGCUAAGAUGUCUUUGGCCAACAUCUACCUGGAGUCCAAGGGGACGUCCGUGUGUCAGGUGACUGUGAUCGGAGCGACGGUGAUCCUGCUGUACUCGUCCCGAGCGUGUUAUAACCUGGUGGUGCUGGCGCUGGCCAAAAUCAAGAGCAUCAACUCGUUCGACUACGACUGGUACAACGUCUCAGACCAAGCGGAUCUGAGGUCGACGCUGGGCGACGCCGGGUACGUGGUCUUCGGGGUGAUCCUGUUUGUUUGGGAGCUGCUGCCCACUUCGCUGGUGGUCUUCUUUUUCAGGGUCCGCAGGCCGGCUCAGGAUCGGAGCGUGUCAGUCAUCCCCGGACACAUGUUCUCAUCUAGAGAGUAUUUCUUUGACAACCCGCGGCGUUACGACAGCGACGACGAUCUGGCGUGGAGUAUCAUCCCACAAAACAUUCAAGCCAGCGUCACGCCGGACGCUUACGACUGGGGAUGUCGAAACAACAGCUUCACGGCCUACGCUGAAGGCGAAGACUCUCAUCUAGCGCCGGAGGAGCUGAAUCCCUACUAGAGCGUCCCAGACGAGGAGUGGGAUUGCUUUGCACAUUCCCCAACGGCGAUGGGAAAUAUUACACGCCGCAGACGUCUUUAACGCUAUUUAUCGCGCCGUUUCAGCUCUGUAGGCAAAGCCACCAAUCAUUUUCUCCAAAAUCAAAUCGACCCUCAUCAGUAGGGUCUGGAUGGUGAUACGCUAUCGAUUGCAGAAAUCGGGCGAAAACUCGAUCCCAUGGUUCAUUGCAAACUAAUGAGUCGCGUCUGCCUUUCUACGUAGUAAUACUUGUGUGUUUAAACAUUUGCAUUUAACGUUUUAAUAUAAAUACAGAUGACACAGCUGUUUGCGGUGCUUCAUGGGAAGAGCUGCAUCAUUGCGGAAAUCCAAUCGAUUUCUGCAAAUACGAGUUGAAUUGGUUGAAAAUGAACUGGGAAGUAUUUCCAGAAUCGGUGCUGCUGAAAACGCAGCCAUUCUUUGUUGCUUUUAGGCCGGUAGAUGUACAAAAACGUCUCUGAAUUAUUUCGUAAAAGCUAUUUUUCUGAGAUUGCACUAAGAAUAUAUAUAUGAAUUAAUAUAUUAAGUAUACUAGAUGAGUAUGCUAACAUUCCACUGUGUGAAACAUCGUUUUUUUGGUUGCUAUUUUUGUAUAUCGCUGCUCAUAUUCAUUAUCUUCUGCUCAGAUUCAUUAUCUUCUGCUCAGAUUCAUUAUCUUCUGCUCAGAUUCAUUAUCUUCUGUUCAGAUUCAUUAUCUUUUGCUCAGAUUCAUUAUCUUCUGCUGAUUCAUUAUUUUCUGUUCAGAUUCAUUAUCUUCUGCUGAUUCAUUAUCUUCUGCUCAGAUUCAUUAUCUUCUGUUCAGAUUCAUUAUCUUCUGCUGAUUCAUUAUCUUCUGCUCAGAUUCAUUAUCUUUUGCUCAGAUUCAUUAUCUUCUGUUCAGAUUCAUUAUCUUCUGUUCAGAUUCAUUAUCUUCUGUUCAGAUUCAUUAUCUUCUGCUGAUUCAUUAUAUUCUGUUCAGAUUCAUUAUCUUCUGCUGAUUCAUUAUCUUCUGCUCAGAUUCAUUAUCUUCUGCUCAGAUUCAUUAUCUUCUGUUCAGAUUCGGACGCAAACCUGUUUAACAAAAACCAGACGAGGGAAAUAAUUUGUUCCACGUGUACUUGGCCUGAACUGUGAAAAUGCCAUAGAUACUCUCACGUUGAAAAUUUCUAUUUUUGGACACGUUUUUCUAUAAUGCAUUGACAGGACGGGCACAAUAAAUGUGUAUAUAUUUUUAAAUGUUGGGAAGCGAACGAAGGCGCCUGGUUGGAUGUCCAUUGUUUUUAUGAAUGCGUUUUUAGCGCUUGAUUGUACAGUUUGUAGCUUUCGCACUUUGUAAGACUUUGUUUUCUACAUUAAUAAAAGAAAUACCUGUA